UAUCUGAAAUCUAGCUAACAAAAUAGCUACAAUUUGACAACUGCUGUAUUUAAUCUCUUUCAGCUAAAUAUGUUUAAAAACAAAAGUGCUUGGUUUUCAAACAGCGUAAGGAACGACAUUUCUAGGUUUUGGGUGUCUCAGGGUGGCGUUAUAUCCGGCUGGAAAACAGCAGAUUACCUCUUCAGUGACGAUGUUUCCUGUCCUGAGACUGAAAGGAUACAUGUUAGUGAUGUCUAUGCUAUGGACAGACUCACAGUGUUCCACAGCGCCUAUCUCUCAGCUUGCCGACUACGACAGAGCACCAAGUCUGUGCCGCUGGGUCACUACACGCUGCCUCCUGCGUCUGUACAGAGAGAGGUGAGAGCCAUGAUGGGAAGAUUCAUUUGGGAGCAGGAUGAGUUGGAAAAGGUUACGAUACAUGGAAACAGAAACCCAGAGCAGACUGUGAAUGCUCUGCCUGAAGGUGGAAGUCUGAAGAAGAAAGGAAAGAUAAGCCAGGAAGACUGCAUGAACCCAUGUCCAUCAAGGGAUGAGCCAGCCUGCUGUGACGUGCAAUUCUAUCCUGUAAACAACAUGGUUUCAGGAUACACACAUAUUGACCAGCUCGAGAAGUACUCUGGAGAACUACAUGACUUCCUUCCAUCCCACACUGGUUAUUCAGUCUCUAUUACACACAGGAGACAUCCUUAUCAACACAGGCUGGGGCAAUUUUAACACAUUUUAAUUUAUUAUUAAGGGUAGAAACUACUGUUUACCAUUUUAAUGCUCUUGGGGACAUUGAGAUAAGACCUGGUUAUAAUCUUAUGUUAAUGAGAGUUUGUGAUUCAUUUCAUGGUGCAUCAGCAUUAUGCAAGCUUCACAGAUCCAGGCAAAAUAAAGUACACCAUUUGCAGAUGUUCCUGUUGCAAUGCCAAGCUUAAUUUCAGAUAUAACCAGAUGACUGUAAAUAAAUUAAUUCUGCCUAAGAA